AUGUCUGGAUUAGAAAUCCUCGGAGUGGUCGCAAGUACUCUCCAGAUUGCGGAAAUUGGCAUGAGGCUUUCGGUAAAGCUUUGCUCUUUCUACCGACAAAUUAAAGAUGCGGAUCGGUCUGCGGAACGUCUUGCAAAUGAUGUUUCACUUACCUGCAGCAUUCUGCAUCAACUAGGCAAAAUUCUUGAGCAGGACAUUGAGACAAAAAUUUGCUCACAGCAAGCAUUUUUGACAGCGCGGGAAGUCUUAAAUGAAUGUGAGAAAAUCUUCAAGCAAAUAGAAGAUGCGGUUGAAAAGAAAGAUCCUGGAUCUGGCAAGACUAAAUGGGAACGUGGAACACGAAGGCUGACGAUUGUGGUUCUUGGGCCCGAUCUCGAUGUGCUAAAGUCCCACCUGGACAGAUUAAAAUCCACAAUGCUUCUAAUGCUCAAUGUUAUUAUAUAUGCCAGAGAUAUCAAACGGUACGUUAUAUCCAUCAAAGAUUGGAAAUCUGCGUGCGCAUUUAUAACAAUCUACGCCAGGUCAUCCCAUGAUUCAUUUCUUGGAUCUCAACGACAGUUGAUAGAGGCACUUCUCCGGGAGAAGAUUAACUUUGAUGCUGGAAGAAAUCAUGUUAAUGAGACGGUUAAUAUUAACACAAACAAAGAUGAAGAGAUCAGGUCACCUCAAUUGACAAUGAUGGCACAACCUAACCAGACGACCUGUCGCGGACCCUCCCCUGACAGUGAGAUCGACAAAUAUCACAAUCUUGUCCGAAGCCUUUUGCAAGAGAUUGAUGCAUGCCAAGCCACCUUUCCUCGAGAUCGGCAUGUGAGGAUCAGGGAUGGAGUAAUUACUGUUCACGAGGCCGAACUUGCAAUGUUCCGCGAGUCUCAUGGAGAAGAGGCGAUAAGGGCCUUUGAUAGUCCUAUUUUUGAGAGGAUAGAGCCAUUCAACUUCAAUAAAGGAGGUCACGGCCCUUCUGCCUUCGAACCGCCCCAGAAGAAGCCUUUGCCAAAACCUCGCAGCAUUUUCACACCUAUUGAUGAUUCGGGCUCAGUGCUUGCUCUCCAUUUCGCAAAUGCGCCGUGGACCAAGUCUUCGCAAGAUGGUCAAAAAACAGAGACCUUUCAAAAUAAUAUUCCUGAUGAUAUACCCGAAUCACGAAACGGUACUCGGAUAGUUCCGUACCGACCUCGACUUAAAUUAAGCAUAGAUAUUCCCAGUGAGAACAGCGCAACAGCAGAAUCGUCUCCCGUCAAUUCAUCUGCGACCCAAACCGAGGACAUGGGAAAAUACAGCCCUUCGACGGAGAUAACAUUGCCCCCUCCAUCGCCGCCGGCGGAGGAAAGCCCCAGCACCGGCGCUCAAGGUUCUUCCAAUUCAAUUUCGCCUAGUCUACGUCGAGCUUCUACGGAUAGCUUGGGCCUUAGAACUGGAAAUAGGCGAGUCAUGGGCGGGUAUAACAAUGAAGAUCCAACAAACAAGAUGAAGCGUACAUUCUCCCGAGACCUACAUGUGCCAAAUAUGAGACCAGACGGCUUUGAUGAUUCAUUAUCCGAUUCAUCUGGAGUUGAAGUGGCGCCUCCGCCCGCCUCUCCCUCCAUGACCUUUUGGGAUUGGGAGGAUGCCUUGGACGGAUCGCCUCCACCAUUAUUGCCAUCUCCAGAAUUUUUCCAUCCCUGGCCGUCAUUUGUCCUCCCAUCGGAGGGUGAUGCCACGGGCAGAGAAGACGAGGGAACAUCAAACAGUUCCUAUAUGGCGCAUCGGCUAGACAGCCAGACUCACGCCUUUUACGGUGACUCAGUAUCGGUCGGAGUUCUAGCUCCAGAUAUAAAAGAUCUGCUUGUCGCCUGGACAACCAUUGCCCCAGAGGAUAUUUAUCUAUGA